UUAAAAUGUUAAAUAAAAUUGAUACUUUGACGGUAUGAGUCACCUUCACCAGAUAUAACCGAUAUGCUGAAAGGAGCAGCCCAACAUUGAACUGGCGCGUGAACCUGAUGGAAGCUGGCAGGCCUGCGUCGCCUUCCCGAGGAGGACGUAAGCGUCGUGUCUCGGAGCGAAGAAACUGCAAACUUCGCGGUGCAAGAUGCUCGUGCUCCAUCAGCCCGUCCCUCCCUCUCUCCAUCAUUCUGCGAGCAGGGAGCACCGGAGCUCACGUGCACACGCUGCGCGCUCCCAAUACACUUGAAUAGAGGGUGCAAUACAUAAUUCAGUCCCAGCAGGGGAACACCUCAGUCUCUCCCCCUCCUGCCGAGCCUGUGGACCGAGACGGCUGUUUCCUGCUCUGGAGCGGAUGGAGGAUCCACCUUGGAGAAGGACGAGCGCUGUGUUUGCUGCAGGUUGUGCAUGACUUCCAGCGGCCGAGGAAGGACAGGGCGAGUGGUGAUCUUCAGGAGACGUAAACAUUGCCAUGCCCUGCUACACGCACCACCUCCCCCGAUCCGCUUCCUCUUCCUGCUCCGGUCCGGGACAGAGGGCUCUGUUUGAGAGGAUAUCGGAAUAAGAAGACGACGCCGCUGUCGAAGUUCACAUUAACACAGCGCCAUGGGUGCCAAGCAGACCAAAGGCCAGGAGCCCGGAGGAGCCAGCCCUCAGCACAGCUGGAAACGGACGCCCACUAAGGAGCGAGGUGACAUCUUGGCUUCCCUCAUGCUGAAGUCAGGGGACCGGCUGAGCCGUGGCGGGACCCCGCCACCCUACCAGCGCCGCAUCGGCAUGAUCCAGGAGAUGAUGCUGAUGGCCAAGCAGGGCAAGCAGGACGAGGCCACAGAGAUGCUCAAGACCCUCCGACAGGACCUGGGCAUGGAGUCGACAUCUCUGGAUGACGUGUUGUACCGCUACGCCAGCUUCAGAAACCUGGUUGACCCCAUCACACAUGACCUGAUUAUCAGCCUGGCACGAUAUGUCCACUGCCCCAAGACGGAGGGCGACUCUCUCGGGGCGAUGGAGAAGGUUUGUCGUCAGCUGACCUACCAUCUCAGCCCCCACUCUCAGUGGAGGAGACAGGGCCUGCUCAAGAGGAAACCUCAGGCCUGUUUGAAGGCGGUGCUGUCGGCCCCUCCGUCCAGCGGGGCGUUGGAUCUCUCUGGUAUCCCUCUGACGGCUCGGGACAUGGAGCGUCUGUGCGCACACCUACAGCGUCACGCGUCCAUCGUGGUCAGCUUGGAGCUGGGCUUCACCGAGCUGACAGACGAGGCCUUCCUCCUGCUCCUGCCCACGUUGGCUGCCCUGCCACACCUGGAGACUCUGGCACUGAAUGGAAACAGGCUGACCAGAGCUGUCCUGAAGGAGCUGACUGACGCCCUCAAGGAUCCAGGCAGUUUCCCUAGCGUGACGUGGAUUGACCUGGGCAACAAUGUGGACAUCUUCUCCCUGCCACAGCCCUUCCUGGUCAGCCUGAGGAAGCGCUGUCCCAAGCAGGGAAACCUGCCCACCAUCCUGGAGUUUGGAGAGAGUCAAGCCAGCGACCCCCCCGAGAGGCUGAGGGGGCUCGGGGAGGAGGAGGAGACGGACGACACCAACCGGACUGAGAGCAUGGGCGAGCUCCGGUCAGAGGUGGAGGAGGAGCUGGAUGGAGAGAUGGAGAUAGAGGAGAUGAUGGAGGAGCUGCUGGACUUUGACAGGGAGGUGCAGGGGAAGGAGGACGAGGAGGAGAGCAUGUGGACAGUGGAGGAGCAGAGGAAAGUGGGGAGGAGGGCGGCGAGGAGAGGGGAGGAGAAGGAAGCGCAGAGGAAAGAGCAGCUGCCGGGGAGGAGGGCGGUGAUGGUGGAGGACGAGGACGACACGCAGAGCCACUCCUCCCACCUGUCCUGCUCCAGCCAGUCACAGCACUCCUCUGGAGCCGUUGAGCCAACGAGAGGGGAGGAGGACGACUUGACCUGAUCGCUGCUCCCUACUCUGCUCUGCUCUGCUUAUGUUUCCCCUCCUGUGUCGGGUCCUGUGUGGAAGGAGGCGAGAGAAGCGUUUCCUGCAGAGGCUAACUGAGGGUGCUCAAAGUCAAACAGGCUGCGGCGUUGAAAGGAUGUAAUCCAUAUUAACAUGCCACUCGAUACUCCCUCCACCAAUCUGAUUUGUGACCAGCCACCGCAGUGCUUAGACACUGGCAGAGUGAGAGUUGAACCCAGGUGAUUCUUCGUGACUGGAACAUGAGUUGACAAUCCCCAACAGGACGUCUGUUUUAUCUUAACUGUGUGUUGUUCAAAGUAUGAAUAGACUAAAGAUGCUAAUGCAUAGAAUAGAGUGAUUAAUUAUGUCACAUAAGGCUUUUAUGUAUAGAAUGUUAACCUUUAUUCAGGUCCUUUCCUCCUGGUAACCCUGCUAAUACCUACAUGUGCCUGUGACACCUCCCGUUACUGGUUAAGAGUGUGUGUAUGUUGAGAGAUUUAAAAAAACAAAAACAAAGGCCAGACCAUAUAAAACCAGAUACACACAAACUAGUCAGGGCCCUUAAACCUUUAAAAAAAAUGAUUUGCCAAAAACUAGAAGUGAAAGUGUAUAAAAUGUUUUCCUCCCACGUACAGCGACGGCUAGCCAGCUGGAUCGAAUGACAGACAAGAAUCAAAAGUCAAGACAACAGCUUCGUGGAAAUCAGUUGCUUCUUAAGUAAUGAACAGAUGCCCAGUGCUUUAGUGCACUUAAGAUGAAAUUAGUCAGCUGAAACCAAAAGAAAUAAACAACUGAUAAAGAAAAGCCCCGACAAUUGCAAGGAAACCGAGUGAAAACAGUGAGAAGUGUCUUGUUUUGUGGAAGGACAAGGGCUCGCCAUGCUGUCAGUGUACAGUGGAUAGACGUGAUCAUCUUAUUGCCAUGUGUCCCCAGGCAAAAUGCUGGGCUAUCAAGUUGAAAUAUUUAGUAGCCCUUUUCUCAUGAUCCAGGUCAUGUUUCACUCCACGGUACUGUACAGUAGUGCACGUCACACGCUUACAGUGCUGUGUUUAUAUAUAGGCCGCAGCUAUGAUCAUAUUCAGGUAUGCUGUCUGCUGGGUUACAUCUAAUUAUAUCCUUUUUGCAGUAUGUAGCUCUCCCCUGGCCUGUGCUCUCCACUCAUGUGUCACUUGUAGUCAGUGCAAAGCUUUAAGAAACAAACUGUAUUUUUGGAUGUACAGUAUAUACAGUAUAUAUAUAUAUAUUAUAUAUAUAUAUAUAUAUAUAUUGUUUUAUCUGUGAAGGGGUGAUUGCUUAUAUUGUGGAUCAGCUAUUUAAAGAGGAAUACCAUUUAAUUUAAGGAUUCAUAGAUGUUCUUUUUUUGUGGUUUGGGAUAGUUCAAGCAAUAUUUGUGUACAAAGGUGAACCAGACUCUUAAUUUGUGAUAUUAUAAAAAGGCACUCAGUGGUAAGGUGUUGAUAAUAUGGAAAGGAGGACUUUGUUGAGGCAGAGAAUAUUAACUCCUCAUCCUAAAGCAGUUAAAAAUUAAUAAAUGCAUAUUACGUUUCCCCAGACAGCUGCCCCAGGCGCCAAUACGUUCACCUUUCGAGCUGUGAACGUGUGUGGCAUCAAAAAGGAAGGCCUUUAAUGACAUGCUGAUGUUUGCAUUUGCAGCACCUCAUCAAGUUCAUAUAGCCAAGCACAUUUGGCUAUAUGAGGACGACGUUAAUGUUAAGUGAUGGACACGUAGACUUUAUGGUGUGCAAGAACUUUUGUUUUUAAUUGCAAGCCAAUAUAUUUGAAAGGAGCACUCAUGAAGGUAGGUGUUGCAGCUUUUCAACCUAUGGAAACCGUUGUAAAAUGUCUACUGUGGCUCUGGAAGGAGCUCUGUCAAGACAUAUGAGAAAAUAACCCUGACGAUUUCAUAGUGAUGUCAUCAGGGUUAAUCUCAGAUGGGCUUUAAAUUUUUAACAGAAAGCAUGUGUUACAAACUGGGGCAUGGAGUUUGAGGGAUUUUGGGCAUUAACGAGAGAAGGUCUUAAAAAAUGCAGUGUGGAGUUGCAUUAUGGGAACUGUAGGAGUCAGUGUUUUUGACCAUUCUCUUUUUCAUCUGGCUCACAAAUCCUCCAACUUUAUGGAUGUGCAAUACUGAAUUGCUUGUAUACCACUUUAUAAUAUGGCAGUUAUUGCUCAUUUAUACAUAUGUUGAAUGGGAGUUUAUUAUGUCUUCUUGCUUGCAGGAUUUAUUACCUCUGGAAGGAUUUGCAUGAGGUCAAUGGGUGAACAUGGUGAGAAUCCAACAUGUAGAACCAGAAUAUCUAACAUCUAAUUGCAUAUCACUGGUAUGCAGUAUGUAAAGUUGCCCAUUGAAUAACAGCAUCUUUCUUUUAAGACAAAGAUUUUAUUGAUGCCACAAUCUGAUAAGCAAAAAAUAACCUGUAGAAACUAAAUUUCUGAAAAGGAGAAUAUUAGGAAAAAGACCUGAUCUGUAUAAAUAACUUGGUUCUCUAACAAGUAAAGUGCUGUUUAAAUAAAUGGAUACCAUUUACUUGUAGCAAGGCAAGCAAGUACUUAGGAGUUAUUAAAUACAUUUCAAAGUAUCCAGAGACUUCACCUGGAAUUCAGUAAUUUAGCAUGUCCAUAUGCAACAACUCUGCGUAAAUUAAACAACCCCUGUUUUGUAAUACAUUUUGGCAUAUUCAUAUGAUGAUUAUGAAACAUUGUUACCCGGGAAAACCCUACAAGUUCACUUAAAGCCAAAAUCUGUUUUCACCUACCUUCUAAGUGAAGUUUGGGAAUUGUGAUAAUUUACAUCCUUUUGAACUUUGUGGAUAUGAUCAGUGGCAACAAUGUGACACUGUGUGGAUCACAUACAUGCCACCUGACAGCUCUCCGUACAACGAACAGUUCCCAUUCGCCUCAUUAAUACAAAUUAGCCCGCAGACAUUAGUAGUGUUGCGCUUGAAGCUAAUUACAAAUGCAAACUUCCCUUUAAGCUACCUUUAUAAUAAGCGAUAUUUGCAUUGUCCUCGCUUAAUCAAUUUUACAGCUCAUUACAAUGCUCCCUUUAUACAGAGGCAGGCGGGUUGUGAUGCUGAACAGUAGAGCAGCUCAGCUGAGCACAUCAUCACUGGCAGAAUCAUCACAGUUAAUGAGACGGAAGAUUGUCCUUAAAAACCACAGUGAUUUUCAGCUAUUGAAGCCAUUGUGUGGAGAGGGGCGUUAAAUCGCCUAUUGAUUGUUGCAUAGUGAGUUCAGAUUGUGAUGUGACCAUAUGUCAACUAUUGGUGUUUACUGUACUGUUGGUACUGUAUGUAGUUGGACAUGAUGCGCAGGGUGGGACUGACUCACUGUACGUGACUUCAACACCAAGAAGUAUUGUGGAAGCUUAUAGAAUCUAUUCUCAGGUUUACUGUGGUUUUCUUCUUGCUCCUGGAACAGGACUCGUUCUGACUGCAGAGAGAGAGAGUUGGACAGUGGAGAUCAGAGUUAUAUAUAUAUACAUAUGUUUGUUAUGUGCUGCAGCCAUGCACUUGUCUGCUUUUAUGUUAAGGUCACUGCAAAUGAAAGCAAAGAGAUCACAUCUGGAAUCAGAAAAAAAAAUCAACAUAGAUGCGGGCUUUUCAUUUCAAACCUUUGAUCCGUCACUUUGUGUCAUCUACCUUUGAUAUGAAGGAUUCUGUUCCUGCUUGAUCUUAAACCGAUUGCCUUUUGGAGGACGUUAACCUGAACUGGCGCCCCACAUUGAUCUGAUUACACAGUCCUAACAAGAAAAAAGUGUAGGCUUAUGUGCAACACUGAAUAACGUGUAACUCUUGUUUUGCCCAGAAUAUUCUUGAACAUAAAGACAUAUAAAGAUUUUGCAAAUUGUCUUCAACCCCUCUGUUGGUCUGAUGGUAAGACUCACUCUGCUCGUUACUACAGACAGAAUGACUGUUGAUGAAUGUUUGAAUAGGACUUGAUCAUUUUGUUUAACUUGGACUCAUAGAGCAGGUGGGGAUAUGAGUGCUUUAUGUGACUAGAAGAUGCCGUGUAUGUCUUGCUCAAGGACUCUGCUGAACACGGUAAUGUGAAUUUGAAGGCACGAGUGUAGCUUUGGAUAUUUUCUCUCUCCGUGAGUCUUUCUUCUGUGUGUAUUUCUCAAUCUAAAGUACCUCUGUAUUAUUCUCUACACAGUAUCUUCACUCAACCCUUUCCUCAAAGCUACCAUGGAUCUUUUAUUUUCAUGCCACUUUACUGAGGUAUUCCAUUGAAAAGAAAACACGCAUUUAUUUACAGAUGACAUUGCAAAAUGCAUCCUGUUCUGUUAUACCAUGGAUCUUAAUAAAUUCUAUGAGACAAAAACAAA